AUGGAGAGAAAGCAAAGGUUCAUGUCAGAGAAGGAUGAAUAUCAGUUUCAACAUCAGGGAGCGGUGGAGCUGCUUGUCUUUAAUUUUUUGCUCAUCCUUACCAUUUUGACAAUCUGGCUAUUUAAAAAUCAUCGAUUUCGCUUCUUGCAUGAAACCGGGGGAGCGAUGGUGUACGGUCUCGUAAUGGGAUUAAUUUUACGAUAUGCUACAGCACCAACUGAUAUUGAAAGUGGAACUGUAUAUGAUUGUGGAAAACUGGUCUUCAGCCCAUCAACUCUUCUGAUUAAUAUCACUGAUCAAGUUUAUGAAUAUAAAUACAAGAGAGAAAUAAGCCAACACAACAUCAAUCCUCACCAAGGCAAUGCUAUACUUGAAAAGAUGACAUUUGAUCCAGAAAUCUUCUUCAAUGUUUUACUGCCGCCAAUUAUAUUUCAUGCUGGAUAUAGUCUAAAGAAGAGACACUUUUUUCAAAACUUGGGAUCUAUUUUAACAUAUGCCUUCUUGGGAACGGCCAUCUCCUGCAUCGUCAUAGGGUUAAUUAUGUAUGGCUUUGUGAAGGCUAUGGUAUAUGCUGACCAGCUGAAAAAUGGAGAUUUUCAUUUCACUGACUGUUUGUUCUUCGGUUCACUGAUGUCUGCUACAGAUCCAGUGACGGUGUUGGCCAUUUUCCAUGAACUGCAUGUCGACCCGGACCUGUACACACUCUUGUUUGGGGAGAGUGUGUUGAACGAUGCAGUCGCCAUAGUCCUUACAUAUUCUAUAUCCAUUUACAGUCCCAAGGAGAAUCCAAACACAUUUGACGCCGCAGCAUUUUUCCAGUCCGUGGGGAAUUUCCUGGGGAUCUUCGCUGGCUCAUUUGCCAUGGGGUCUGCAUAUGCUGUUGUCACGGCACUGAUAUCCUUUGUCUGUCAAUUGUUGUUUCCCUUAACUCCUCUUUGUCACUUGACCAAAUUUACCAAACUGUGCGAGUUCCCUAUGCUGGAAACGGGCCUGUUUUUCCUCCUGUCUUGGAGCGCCUUUCUGUCUGCUGAGGCCGCUGGCCUAACAGGAAUAGUUGCUGUUCUCUUCUGUGGAGUCACGCAGGCACAUUAUACCUACAACAACCUGUCAUCGGAUUCCAAAAUGAGGACUAAACAGUUGUUUGAAUUUAUGAAUUUCUUGGCUGAGAACGUUAUCUUCUGUUACAUGGGCCUGGCACUGUUCACGUUCCAGAAUCAUAUCUUCAAUGCUCUUUUCAUACUUGGAGCCUUUGUAGCAAUUUUUGUGGCCAGAGCCUGCAACAUAUAUCCCCUCUCCUUCCUCCUGAAUCUAGGCCGGAAACACAAGAUCCCCUGGAACUUUCAGCACAUGAUGAUGUUUUCAGGUUUGCGAGGAGCGAUAGCCUUUGCCUUAGCUAUUCGGAACACAGAAUCUCAGCCAAAGCAAAUGAUGUUUACCACCACGUUGCUCCUCGUGUUCUUCACAGUCUGGAUAUUCGGAGGAGGGACAACUCCCAUGCUGACUUGGCUUCAGAUCAGGGUUGGUGUGGACCUGGAUGAAGACCAGAAGGAGGAACCCUCCUCACACCAGGAAGAAAAUAAUUUGGGUAAAAGCACAACAAAAUCAGAGAGUGCCUGGCUCUUCAGAAUGUGGUAUGGCUUUGACCACAAAUACCUGAAACCAAUUCUAACCCACUCUGGUCCUCCACUGACCACGACGUUACCUGAAUGGUGUGGCCCAAUUUCCCGAUUGCUCACCAGUCCUCAGGCCUAUGGGGAACAUCUCAAAGAGGAUGAUGUUGAAUGCAUCGUAAACCAGGACGAGCUUGCCAUGAAUUACCAGGAGCAAGGCACCUCACCCUGCAGCCCUCCUGGGGAGGACCAGAAAGCUUCACCCCACACUCCAAGCAAGGAAAACAUUUACGAGGGGGACCUUGGCCUGGGAAGCUAUGAACUCAAGCUCGAGAAAACUCUUAGUCAAUCCCAGCUGAAUUGA